GUAACCAAAUUUUGGUUUAUUUUGUCCCCUCAAGCUGGUAUAUAAACAAACAUUCUAUAUAAGUGACUGUAAACUGUCAAGGAAUAUAAUAUAUGGUGCAUGGGGAAGUGAAACAGACAGUAUUGGCCAAGGAUUUAUCUCUUCACACAAGAUGGAUUUGCCAAAUUUUGAUCUGUUUGCUGAGAUUGACAACAUAAGUAUGUAUGUCGACGGUAAGAGUGAAAACAAAUUUGAGUUGUUUGAUAUUGAUGAAAGUGUAGAAUUGAAUUCGGGCAUCCCAAGCCAUGGUCUCAUGGAUGAUGCUAUGCCGGCUGUCGACUCCAGCAAUGCCCUACUUGGGGACCCUCUGCUCAACUUAUUUGAUCAUAGUGAAUUGCUCGAGCUUCAGUCGGCAGUCCCCAGUCACAACACCAAGACUCUCAUGCCAGUUUCCCUUCCAGCGGGCUCUCCAACGCAUCCGAGCUCACCUGAUGUUGACUACCCUCCUGCCUCUCCAAGCUCCAGUUCUGCCCUUGGACCAGAGUGUUCGUCUUCUGCUUCACCAUUCUCCCAGUCUGUACCAGAGGUUGAAGGUGGUUCUGUUGUUGUCAUCAGCCCUAGUCCAGCUUCUUCUAGCGCUCCUGUCCGUAUUAUUGUCAAGACCAGGACCCAGUCUGUCAGCAAAAUGGUUGCACCAAUCACAAUACAAAAACCAUCACACAAUUUGGUUAAAAUACCUAAGAUUGAAUCCACGUUACCACCAGUGGUUCAUAUGCGGACCGUUUGCUCUGGAGGCAAGCUUGGGCCAUCAGUCACCCUAAGUAAGACUCCAGUGUUCCUUCCUCCAGCAACAUCUCAUCAGUCUGCAGCACAAGUACAAGUGUCGUCGUCUGCUUCUUCAGGAGCUGAUGCAGCGACCCAUACAGAACAAAAGCCAUUCAAGUCUCUUCACAGAGAGUUUUCUGAAGUGUCAGACAGCAGUCAGCCAUUGUCUUGUGGAGCAAAGCGUAAGGCAUAUGAACUUGAACCACAGGACGACCCGAAGAUGGAGCGCUGUCGGCUAAACGCAAUCAAUGCAAAGCGUAAUCGAGAGAUGAAGAAGGCUCGAAUGGCAGAUUUGGAGCGUAAAGUGGAGGAUGUUAGUAGAGAGCGUGACCAGCUGGCAGGGGAAAAUGAGAGUCUUAAGGAAACAAAAUUGAAACUAGAGGAACAAGUGAAGCAUCUGAGUAACAUUAUCAAGAACCAGUCAAAGCUCUCGUCUUUCAUCAGGAAACUCGGACCUUCUAGUGUAUUAUUAGGUGACAUGUUGGCUAGUGGAAAUGAGGAUGAAGUAAUCACUAGUGGUAUGUGUUUACAUGUGGAUGGUGAUGAAGCUACCAUUGAAUAUUGUUCCCAUUAUACAAAGAAAGCUGGGAAGAAAAAAAUUUGUAACCAAAAAAAAUGCUUUUCACCCUUCUUUUUUUUAUAAUUUAUUGAGUGAUAAGAUGUGCUAGAAACGUGUAAGGAAAUAGUAUCAUGUAAGAGUGCAUACAAACAAAUUUUUAUAUUGUAUUUCAUAGCUUGAAAAAUGUGUCAUGAUUUGUAAAUUUUCUAACAUGAAAUUUAAGUGAUAAUCUUGUCAUAGAUGAAACAGUUCUGUAAGUCAUUGUUUUCUUGUCCAUGAUAUUAUAAGAAG